UGACAUUUUUGGGUUGAUUCAGGAGGGUGUAAUACACACUUUGCACAUUACCAUUAACUAAACGACAGUCCGAGCGCUACGUUUCGGGUUGGCUUGGCUUGGCUUGGAAACAGGUCCUCUCACAAUGAAGCUGUGGAUGCUCCUUCUGUGUUUCCCUGUCUUGCACAGCGCAGCAGGGGUCACCUAUUUGACGACGUCAGACUCUCCAGUGAAGGGCACGCUCUCUGGAGAGGUCUCUCUCCCCUGCUCCCUCUUCCCCAUCUCCGACGCAACGGCCAUGGCUAUUACCUGGUUUCAAAGACGCAGUCCUGAGGACUUGCUGGUCUACUCGUACCAAUCGGGGCUAGGAUCCACGUUCAAGAACGGACGCGCUGACAUUGACCUAAGCAAGCUGACCAGUGGUGACCUUACCCUGACUCUACUCAACCUCACUUUGGCUGAUGAGGGGACCUACUUGUGCCAGACCACAGACAGCAAUGGGAAAAAACUGGAGAACAGCGUGGAGCUGAAAGUAGGGAAUAUAGGUGAACGCCCUUCUAUCUUCCUCUCCUCCCUCCCCUCCGCUCUCUCGAUCUCUCUCUCCUGUCAGUCCCAUGGAUGGGCUCCCGCCCCUCAGGUCUCGUGGAUUCAGGACGAUGGCAGCUCGCUGGGAUGGGGGGAGUCGGAGUCAAUGCAAUUAGAACAGGACAAGCUGACAAUGGUGAAAAACAAGGUGACCAUCAACGCAAAAGACGAGCAGAAAGUGACCUGCAGACUGAGGAACACACUGCUGGAUAAAGAGGUGUACGAGACUGUGAUCAUUACAGGUGAUUUCCCUCCCAGUGUCUCUCCCUGGCUCAUUGUCUUCAUCGUUCUGUUGCUGAUUCUCGCUGUGAUCAUCUUGGUUGUGUUCAAGCAGUACCGCAAGAAGAGAGAUGCCAUCCGAGUGAAGGAACGCCAAGCUGCUGAAGCAGAAAAAGAGCCUCUUCUGGAGGAGCAUGAAAAGAAGAAUGCUAAAGAAGAAUAUGACAAACUGAAGAAAGAACUUUCUAAAGCAAGGGUUGUCAACAAGUCAGAAUGGGCACGAGUCACAAAGAACACAACCACAGCAGACAUGAAGAAAGGCUUCAACUCUGGCAAUCCGUACUGGGAGGUGACUGUUAAGGAGAAAGACUGGACAGUAGGUGUGAUUGAAGACGGAGUGGAUCUGAAGACUGCGCUGGGAGGGAAGGAUGGCUCAACCGCGUGUCCUGAGAAGGGUGUGUGUGCUUUGAGUAUGAAGGGCAUUUCAGAGCUCCGUGCCCUCCUCUCCUCCCCCUUCCCCAUCACCCCCUCCGAGCCCCCACACAAACUAGGCUUCCUGCUGGACUGGGAGGAGAAGCAGCUCUCUGUGUACGAUGCCGAGAAGAAACAGAGGCUCUACACCUUCAACACCGAGUUCCAAAGAAAAGCGAUACCCUUCAGUAUGUGAGGGGGAGGGAGGAAGGGUAGGAGGAGGAGGG